AUGUCCGGCAUCGAGAUCAUUGGAUUCGUGCUAGGUGGCUUGCCCCUCGUUAUAUCGGCCGCGGAGCACUACAAGAAAGGCUUCGAGCCGCUGGUGAGGUGGAUGCGGUUCAAAUUCGUGUUCCGUGACUUUAUCACUUCGGUCGAUAUUCAGCGACAAUUGUUCCACCUCGUGUUGAAGAAGCUUUUGAUCAGAGUGCAGUUACCGCCUGAGGAGAAGCAGAGACUGUUGACGGUGCCGAACUAUGCAGGCUGGAGCCAUCCUGAUACCGUCGAUGCGAUGAGAUCGCGACUAGGAGAGUCUUACGAUGCUUGUAUGGACAUAUUGAGGGCAAUGAAGGAAGACAUGCAAGAGUUGCAGGCAAUGAUGAGUCUAAAGAAUGGUAGUGUCGACUGGGCCCAUCCUGGAGAAAAGCAAUGGAAAUACCAAGCAAAGAGAAUACAAUUAAGCUUCAGCAAAAAUGGCACACGGACAAUUCAAUCGCUUGAGAAAAGGAUUCAGAGUCUCAAACGCCUACUCAAUCUGCUCGAUAGCACCGACGAUGAAGAUCCCCACAACACAAAAGCUAUCUCGAAAGAUACAACGUGGGCAAAGUUCUUCGAAUGCAUCAGACGUCACGCAGUAAACCUUCAUUCAGCAAUUAAGAAUGGAUGGAAGUGCAACUGUGAGGGAAUACAUGCUACGGGACUUCAGCUGCAGAAACGUGCAGCAGAUGACUGGUCCUCUCAAUUCACUAUGACGUUUGGUGCUUUCGCCCUGUCAAAGAAUGAAAACCAGAACCUCUAUUCUCAUCGAAGGGUGCUUAUAAUUCUACAAGAAUCGACAAGCCGUUCAGUUCCCCUUCUCCAAAGGCCGAAACCUUCCCCUCUUCAAGGCUCAUACUUGGACCCGCUAAGAACAGAUUUUGAAUCAAGGUCAUCUUCGCAGCUGACUGCUACCAUACUUCCCGUACCCCCAGGUACCAAUUCUGCUUCUUCUUUAAUACCUUCUCGGUUCAGCAGCUUUAGAUCAAAUUUUACGAAGAGCAAUUCGAAUUUGACGAGCUCGAGCAUCUCGACGUCCAAUAGAACAGAGAGUUUUAUAGAGAAUCGCUAUUGCGAGAGCAUGAUAAAUCUCAAUCCUCGGCCAAAGGCUAAAAAGGGGGCUAGGUUUGCAAUGGACUUACUUGCGGAACCCGAAGACACCACGCGCACAAAGACUCCAACAACCUCCUUUAGUCAACCUGAAUCACUUCCUCAAAUGACAUCACCAGCAGAAGAGUCUUGCGCAGAUGUCGAAAUUAACGACUUAUGCUCUGCUUUGAAAGACCUCAGUCCGAAAGCCACCAGAUUAGGCUACCUCUCCGAUCACGAAAAGCAGAGGCAUGAACUUUGUUGCCUAACUGAAGAAGUAGCAGAUUCUAGAAGCUUUGAGGUCAUUAGUCUCGAGAAAUUGCUCGCAACCGAUGGGCAUUUAAGGUUGACCAGGCAAAAGCGAUAUAAAGUUGCAUGUAUCUUGGCAUCGUCGCUCUUACAAUUGCAGACCACUCCUUGGCUCAGCGGGAAUUUGAACAAAAGUAACAUCCUCUUCUACUAUCAUGGAAGCGAAGUCCUUAUUGAUCAGCCUUAUAUCAAUCAUUCAUUCUCGUCGACAAAGAAUAGCAACUGUUCGUCAGAAAAUAUGACCACCGAAGACCAAACUCACACUCAACCGCGGGCGAAUCUCAGCAGCUUCGGAAUAUUACUUCUGGAACUUUGCUGGGGUCAAGCAAUUGAGAGUCAGACUAACCUACGCAAAAAGCAUCUUUCUUCGGACGGGCAAGCCAUCGGAGGGACAGAUUUUCUGACGGCCAUCGACUGGCUAGACACAGUCGAUGAAGAAGAACCCAGGAUGUCACCUAUUAUCAAAUGGUGUAUAUUUGGCCUCUUUGACAGGAAACUGAACUGGGCAGACACGAAGUUUACGCAAGCUGUGUAUAUAAAUGUUGCGCGGCCACUGGAGAUGCUAGUUAUGGCGCAUUUUUAG